AUGGAGGGGCUGCGGCGGGGCCUGUCGCGCUGGAAGCGCUACCACAUCCAGGUGCACCUAGCGGACGAGGCGUUGCUGCUGCCGCUCACGGUGCGGCCGCGGGACACGCUCAGCGACCUGCGCGCCCAGCUCGUGGGCCAGGGCGUGAGCUCCUGGAAGCGCACCUUCUACUACAACGCGCGGCGGCUGGACGACCACCAGACGGUGCGCGACGUGCACCUGCAGGACGGCUCGGUGCUGCUGCUCGUCAGCGACCCCAGGUGGCCGGGGGCGGGGACUGGGGGGCGACCUGGGAUCGGGGGCCUGGGUGGCGGGGGGAUAGGGAGCCCUGGCUGGGGUCCCCGGCCCAGAGACGGGCAGAGGUGUCCCCGGGUCACACAGCGGCGGCGCGGGAGGGCAGGCAGCGCCCCUCCCGGCGGUGGCAGCGACAGCGUCCUGGGCCGCGGCUGGGGGCGGGCAGCGCAGUCCCGGAUCUGGGACCGAGAUCCCCGCUGCGGCGCUGUGCGUUUCCAUGGCAGCCUGGCUGGAGCCGGCCAGAGCGAUUAG